CCCCAUCACAAGUACCAAGAAUUACCUCUGAAACAUAAUAUCACCUUAAUUAAAACAUGGCAUACACCUCAAUUCUCCAACCCUUACUUGAUCAUAGUAGAUGGUACCUGUCCUUCCCAACCCAUCGAUGAGAUCAUAAGUGGGCCCGUUCCCGGCACCGAUGACUUCACGAUGGUGUCAACGCCAACAAUCUGGGCCCCGAAUCGAUGAACACAUCACCUUGACUUUUUGGAUAUAAGUAGGUUGCAGUAACUGUCAGUUACUGUCUCCUAUUCAUCAGACUCAGAUUCAGAACAAACAAACCUUAUCUCCAUCUCUACUUACUAUCCCACCAACACAUAUAUAUACACAAGCCAUCAAAAUGCCCCGCGGAGCCGAAUACGACAACGGAGUUAUCCAGUCCGACAACGCCAUUGAGGCCGGCGAGACGAAGGUUCACGGAACGAACCCUGCCAACGACCACCUCAACCGCGUCCAGCGCACCGCUCCUCUCCCCGAGGCCGCCCAGAGCAGCGGCGGCGAGUACAGCAUCGGCGGCAGCUCAGGUCCGAACAAGACCGGUAGCGGAAAGGGCGGACACGAGCCCAAGACAUUGGGCGAUAAGAAGGGAUUGGGGGCUCACCAGGCAUAAGCUAUAAAAAGCAUUUGGAGUUCGGUGAUUGAUGCAUGAAUAUCAUGAUUUAGGUACCGCUUUGGGUGGAUAUGUAUUAACAGUCUAUUAUACUAUUCCUUUCACUAGUUAUUAGUGAAGGUGAUGAUGAUGACCUCCGGGUUGAGGUCGAAUGAAUGAAUUAAAUAAAUGAAC